UGGUACUGGCGUGGUGGGGAUAGUGGCUGGGGUGCUCGGGGCAGAUGUGACAGUGACUGACCUCCCUGAGUUUGUAGACUUGAUGUCUGACAAUGUCAGUAUCAACAAAGAUGUCAUCGCGGGAUCUCUUACUGCUCAAGUCCUAAAAUGGUGACAGUACAGUACGAGCAGUGUAAAUACCCAAAUCGAUCUUUCAAUGCUGCUACUGCUAAUGCUACAGACUUUACAUUUGAUUGUGAAUAUAAAACAAAACGUAUUGGCUUUUUAUUGCUGGUCCUGCUGGAUGCAUUUUUAAAAAGGGUGCUUUUCCGUUGUAUAUCUGUACCUGAAGCUGUUAAUGUACAAGUCUAUAUGCUAACGUACCAGUCAGGGGCGGAUCCAAGAAUAUUGAUAGGGCCUAGGGGGGAGCUAAAAGUCACUAGGUCAAGCCUAGCUAGCUAUUCUGCAAAUCACGAUGUUUUUCCUGUAUGGCUCAUCAAUAAUUGUUCAUGCUUACAGUAUUUAACUGGGUGUUGCUAUGAUAAUGCUACGUGCUAUAGUGUAGAUUCUGUCUUUCAGGCUUGUAAUCAAGGCCAUGGUGCUCAAGUCCCCAAAGCUCCCCACUAUAGAUCCGCCACUGAACCUGUUUAUGUACAAGUUGAUGCUAACCGUUUAUUUAGGGGAGAGGAGGUGUCAAGAUUUCUUCCUUCACCUGACUAUGUGCUCAUGGCUGAUGUCGUGUACUAUGAAGAGAGUCUUCCUGCCUUGCUAAAGACAUUGGUGGACCUGUGUGGUAGACACACCACUGUACUCAUGUCCUAUGAGGAAAGGACUACCGGCAACAAGCCACUGAUCGAGAAGAGGUUCUUUGAGAUGAUGGACGAGCAUUUCACCAAGACGAAGGUGCCCUAUGAGUCUUUGGACAAUGUGUUUAGAAGUAGAGACAUUAACGUCAUUAUGUUCACCCUCCAGUAAAUUCUGCUCAAUUUUCUGCAACCCAUUAAUUUUUUUGUGUCUUGUGCAGUUAAUGAUCUUUACCUCAGUGUCUUCGGCAUGCUAGAUA